AACAUGAUCACACUGUACAACAUUUAAUUCAAACGUUUUGUUGUUUCUUGUUCUUUUUAGUUUUACACAUUUUGCACCGUGCUAAUUUCGCACGUGUUACUGCACACCUGGUUGAAAUGGCCAAGCCAAAACAAUCCAAAUCGCUAGGCGUUAAUUCUAAAACCCAAGAUCGGAGCGGGACAUCUUCGAAGACAAAUGCCCAAUUGCGCCCAAAAAGAGGUCCCAAGAUCGAUAAAGAUGUGGUCGAAAAGGUGGAUAUAUCGUCAGUUGCAAGCCCUUUGCAUGUAUCGAAAUCGCAACUCAGCAUAUCCACAAUUAGCAUGAGUUCAGAUUCGGAGUAUGCCCCAUCUGCCACGGGAAGUGGUAGGAUUACUCCAGUCUCUCUUCAAACUUCUUUGCGACGAAGACACAUCAAGAAGACCACCUCUGCUGGCAGAAGCAGAAGGAACUCAAAGCAUUCGGUUAGUUCCGUGUCCAAAAAAAAAUCAUUUAUCGGGAGCGUAAAAAGAUUAAGUAGCUUUACGGUGAAGCCACCCAGUAUAUAUAAGAUCAAGAAACUCUCGUCAAAGGAGAACGUUCAGGCAAUAAAAUUCGAUACCAGUGCGGCUAUAACUAGUUCCACCGAAUCUGAGGAUAGUGAAGAUAUAGAGGAAGAUCUUUACGUCCAAAGUGAAGGACUGGACUGGACUGACCCAAGCACCAACGUUACAUUUAAUGGCGAAAGCCAGAUAAGUGUAUCCCCUGACUUGAACAUCAGAAGGCGCUUUGAACUACUCCAAGGCCUCAGGGAUAUACCCGAUUUGGAAGAACUUGGGGCAAUAGCGACCCCGGAUCUGGAGCAGUGGAUUGCGGUAAAGGAGGAGGACCCUUUGGACGCGGGAAGGUUCAGGAGUCCCUUGGCUCGCCACUCCACCAGCACUCUAAACUCUCCACUGACCGAGCCCGAAAACGAAGGUAUCACCGAGGCAGCUUGGCCGCCCAAUUUCGAACCCGAUGCCAUAAGUCUGUCCUUGAUCUCGACUUCAGAACUGGAAUAUGAUGACGGCAGCUAUUGGGAGCCGCAAAGAAGUCCCAAGCUUAGUCUUGGACCAACAUUUAUAUCUGAUUCAUUUGGGACUUACGAAAAAUCUCAGCCGAAUUCGCUGGUUACUUUAACCAUCUACGAAGAUGUCGAAAACUAUCUGGCAGGUCUUAUUGAAAAAGUCGUGGAGGGAUUCGGAAAUGCAGAUGCAAAUGUGCGGACAGAAAGUCUGGACAAAGGUAAGCUCUUGGAUCGGCUUGUCGAGGAAGUCGACGAUAACUACUGGGAGCGGUACGAGAACGAGUAUCUAACCAAACGUCUCACCGAACACCACCUGCGCCGCUCCAAGUAUUCGCUGAUCACGCCGAGCACGAAUGCCUCCCAUAACGAGGCCAAUCGACGGCGCCAUCUGAGCGCCCUGUACGAACUAGAUCACUGGCUACAACGGGAACGGGAGGCCGAGGAUAUCCACAUGGCGGAGAGGGAUCGUCUGCUCGCGGAGUUGGAGCAGAAGCAAUCGGAGGACGAGGCUCAGGUCGAGGAGCUGGAGGAACUUAUCAGAAGAAACAUUCUGCGGCGCGCUCAGCCCUCGGAUCGCCUUAAAUUCAUAGCUGAGAAUACCCUUCGACAAAUGAGAAAAAAACGCGAUGAGAUGUCCGAAGUACGUCUCGUUCUGAUCAUAAAACAGCACAACAAUUCACUUAUUGAACAGAAACUCAAUGAAUUGGAAACCAUUUCUGAAGAAGUAACUAUGGAUACGUAUCUAUCCACCGAAACCGAUGUUCACCAGUUAGCCCACGUUCUAGAUACUAGGAACGCAGAACUCCAUCGAAUGCAUGACAAGAUUAAAAACAAAGUUCAUAGCAUUUCACAUUUAAGAUGUCGACGAAAGUUGCUGAGUCGCAAGUUUCUGGAGGUCAAGAAGGAGCUGCGAAAUAAGCAAACUCAACAGCUUGCCUUGCGCGAUAAAUUAUUUACUAGGAACAUAAUACACAACAAACUUCUCGCCAAAAUCAAAGAAGUUCGAUUUAAGGCUGGCAUAAUGUGCUAUCCCAAGUUGCUAGACGAUUUUGAUCAAACAGAGAAAUUUAUACUGGAGAAGCAGGAUCGGGUCAAGGAACUUAAGGCGCAACACGACAUUCUGCUUAGGAGAAUCGACAUAGUUGAGUCAAAGAUUCAAUUAUCCAAGUUAAGUGUUAGCGUACUGACCGAUUAAUAGCUGAAUUAAUUUCACACAGAUAACAUGGCUAGAU